AAAAGUUCAAUAUCUGUAUCGAGGGGAAAGUUUCACGGUGAAAAAUUCGUCCAGAGUUGCAGCCAAAAGGCCACAGCAAAGAAAAACAACAAAAAAGCGCAAUAUAUUGCAAUUGUUUUAGUCAAAUUUAAAGAAAAAGCAAACAACCAUGUCCGAGUCGCAUUUUGAUGAGUACGAGCACUACAACUUCGACUAUGAUAAGCACAUUUUCUCUGGCCACGGCGGCAAGCAGCGCUCCAAGAAGGAGGCCAGUGUGCACACCAACCACUUCGACCCCUCCGGUCACUCCAGAAAAAUCCUAACCAAACUGAUGAACACCAACACCAACAACAUUAAGAAGGCCUGCAAAAACUGAUGCAGGGCUGCCGCUAACGCGGAAUCAAAGAAAGGAAAGGAGUUGAAGAGAGUAGAAAACGAAGAAAUAAUCGAAUUUAAGUUACUAAAAGGCAAACGAGAAGAAAAGGCAACAAGAAGAAAUUGAAAAUCAAAGCAGCGCAGCGGGCUGUGUCGCAGUUGCGUUUGGUGAAAGAAAAGAGAGUGGAACGCAACAGCCACUGGAAAUAAAAGCAUUGCAUUUCCAUGAAGCAGGCGAAGCAGCGGAAAAAAAUUUU